UUUCCCUUCCGGAUUAAAAAUCUACACCCAAACAGCAGAUAAGCUAAGCUUUUGACAUUUUCUGGAAUUGGAAAUCGGAUUCUUCAAAUUACGGGAAAAUGUCGAUCUCACUUUCCGCAUCAGCAACUGUUCAUGCACUGAAUCGACGAAGCUCAACUGGUUUCUCCGUCUCCCCUUAUUAUUGUUCUUUCAACCUAUCUUUUUCGUCUUCUCUUCGAUUUCAACCCAUUCGAUUCGUUAAUGGAUCAGUUUCCUCUCGCUAUCGUCCUCUGCAAGUUCAAGCAAAGAAGGAAACAUUUAAAUCCUUUGAUGAUUUGUUGGCGAAUUCCAAGAAGCCUGUAUUGGUUGACUUCUAUGCAACCUGGUGUGGACCUUGUCAAUUCAUGGUUCCGGUCCUUGAGGAAGUUAGUGCCACUCUGAAUGAUAAGAUUCGAUUUGUGAAAAUCGACACCGAGAAGUACCCAAGUAUUGCUGAUAAAUAUGAGAUACAAGGAUUGCCUACUUUCAUCCUAUUUAAAGAUGGGAAGCCUUUUGAUCGUUUUGAGGGUGCCUUGGGUUCUGAUCAGCUCAUUCAACGCAUUGAAACUUCGUUCAGUGUAAAGCAAUAGCACCGAUGAGCUUUGGAUAAGAGAUUUGUUCCCCUUCACUUGGGUGUAUGCAGACUGGGAGACCCUCAUUUGAAUCACUUCCUCAUCCGAGCCAGCCCCUUGUUCUAAUGUUUAUUUCUGCCGCUCAGGAUUUCAACGUUUGAUGUUAAAGAUACCGGAUUGGAGUAUUGUAACUGGUGAUGAACUCUCAAUUUAAUCAACAUACCUUUUCUUUUAAAUUUGUCAUAUAGAUGAUUGUGUUUGUAUG